AUGUCGCACCUUCAACAGCAGCUCAAGAGCUUCAACGCCGGUGUCAUGGACUAUGCGCAGAAGAUGCCGCAGCAGCGACGCUUCAUCCACAACGGCAACUCCACAAACACGUCGCAAGCACCGUCCUCAGCAGCAUCGAUACCCACACCCAGCAUCGACCCGAAGCGUAAAAGGCACGAUGUGGACAUCGUCUACUCGCAACCCGCCAACACCGGCACGGGUAAAGAUAUCAUGACGCAGGUGUUUUUCGCCAUCGAGCACAUGAAGAAUAAAGGCAUCCCGCUCAAGUUCUCGGACAUCGUCUCAUAUCUCUCCCUCCAAAACCGUGCGCAUGAUGAGGGUUAUAUUCAAGCGCUGCGGAGUAUUCUGCAGGUGCAUGAAAAGGUGGAAUUUGACCCGAGUGGUGCGAAUGGGGAGGGCACGUUUGCCUUCCGCCCACCGCACAAUAUUCGCUCCGGUGAACAGCUUCUGCAGAAACUGCAGGCGCAAACUACGGGUGCGGGAAUGAGUGUCCGGGAACUACGCGAGGGUUGGCCGCAGGUGGAAGAGGCGAUCAACAAGCUGGAGAAGGAAGGGAAACUUCUUGUGACACGGAAUAAGAAAGACGACCAUGCUAAGAUGGUUUGGGCAAAUGACCCUUCGCUUAUCAUUCAUUUUGAUGACGAGUUCCGUCAAAUCUGGGAAAAGAUUCGGAUUCCGGAUCAGCAGACUGUCAAGGAGGAAUUGGAAAAGGCCGGUAUCACGCCGACAAGCAAAAACAAGGUCGUCAAUGCACGGCCAAAGAUCGAGCAUAAGAAGGUCAAGAAGCCCCGUCGUAGUGGAAAGACGACCAAUACCCACAUGAUGGGUAUCUUAAGAGAUUACUCUCAUCUUAAGCGUUAA